AGCCACAGGGCAAGGUUCAGGUGGACAGACCUUUUCAUCCCCAACUUGUCCAAAGCCUCUCAGAAACUCUCUGACACACAGAGAGCAGUGUGUCCAGAGCUCAACCUGGAAGAGCACAGCCAUGGUGUUCUGGGGUCUGGUGCUGGGAGCCCUGCUGGUGGUCACUACGGGGUGCCUGUAUUUGCUUGGGGUGCUCCGGCAACGCAGGCCCCAGGAGCCCCCUCUGGAUAAGGGCUCCAUCCCCUGGCUGGGCCAUGCCAUGGCUUUCCGGAAGAAUAUGUUUGAAUUCCUGAAGCACAUGUGGGCCAAGCAUGGAGAUGUGUUCACAGUGCAGCUCGGAGGCCAGUACUUCACCUUUGUCAUGGACCCCCUGUCCUUUGGCCCCAUCCUCAAGGAUGCACAGAGAAAACUAGACUUUGUGAAGUAUGCAGAAAAACUGGUGCUAAAGGUAUUUGGAUACCACUCGGGGCAGGGAGACUACCGGAUGAUACACUCUGCCAGCACCAAAUACCUCAUGGGGGAUGGCUUGGAGGAUCUCAACAAAACCAUGCUAGACAGCCUGUCCUUGGUUAUGCUAGGACCCACAGGCCAGAGUCUGGAUUCUAGCUGCUGGCAUGAAGACGGCCUCUUCCACUUCUGCUACAAUGUCUUGUUCAAGGCUGGCUACCUGAGCUUAUUCGGCUAUACCAAGGACCAGGAGCAGGACCUGAGACAGGCAGAGGAAUUAUUUGUUCAGUUCCGUAAGUUUGACCGCUUGUUCCCCAGAUUUGUGUAUUCCUUGCUGGGGCCCCGGGAGUGGCGAGAAGUGGGCCGGCUCCAGCGUCUCUUCCACAAGGCACUCUCUGUGAAGCGCAACUUGGAAAAGAAUGGCAUAAGCCGCUGGAUAUCCUACAUGCUUCAGUAUCUGAGGGAGCGGGGAGUAGCCCCGGCCAUGCAAGACAAGUUCAACUUCAUGAUGCUCUGGGCCUCCCAGGGGAACACGGGCCCGACCUCCUUCUGGGCCCUCUUGUUCCUCCUAAAGCACCCGGAAGCCUUGCAGGCUGUGAGAGAGGAGGCCACCCAAGUCCUAGGGGAGGCCAGGCUGAAGGCCAGGCAGUCCUUUGACUUCAAGGUCAGCACCCUGCACCACACGCCAGUGCUGGACAGUGUGAUGGAGGAGACUCUGCGGCUGGGGGCUGCACCCACCCUCCUCAGGGUGGUGCACAAUGACCAUAUCCUGAAGAUGGCCAGUGGACAGGAGUACCUGCUUCGAAGUGGAGAUAUCGUGGCCCUCUUCCCCUAUCUUUCAGUGCACAUGGAUCCUGACAUCCACCCGGAACCCACCACCUUCAAGUAUGAUCGUUUCCUCAACCCCAAUGGUAGCCGAAAAGUGGACUUCUACAAGGCAGGCAAGAAGAUCCACCACUAUACCAUGCCGUGGGGCUCAGGUGUCUCCAUCUGCCCUGGGAGGUUCUUGGCCACCAAUGAGAUGAAGCUCUUUGUCUUGCUCAUGGUCACAUACUUUGACCUGGAGCUGGUGGACCCCAACACACCUGUGCCACCUGUGGAUCCCCAGCGAUGGGGCUUUGGCACCACACAGCCCAGCCACGAGGUGCGCUUCCGCUACCGCCUGCGACCUACCAGCUGAGCUCUGCCACGGUGGCUGCAAGCCUGGCCUCAAGACCUCCCCUGGGGGUCUCUACCUCCUCUCGCCCCUCUGAAGCCCCACCCUUCCCUCGGGUUCUCUGGUAUCUCCUACCUCUGUCCUGGUUGCCUUCCUUGCUCUCUGGCUUUCCUCUUGCUACCUGGUAGGCUUAUCCGUCUCUCCUGAAAACACCAUCUCUCAGAGUGGGUUCUGCAGAACCUUCCUCUCAUGCAAAGUGCAGACAGAGGAAGGGAAAGUAUCUGUGGGAAACUUAGUUUGGGAAAUAAUGCGUAUCUUGACAAGUCCUGCAGUACGGAAACUGGUUAUUGUGAGUAACACAGUGUCUUGCAAAUGUUACCCUCCACUCUCCUACCUCACUUUAUUGUUUUCCUCUAUGCUUAUUCCACAUCCUGUGGAAUUCAAGUCCAUCCAAAGGAACACAAGGCAAUCCACGUGUGUAAUUUUUAAUUUUCUAGCUGACCCAUUUUUUUAAAAAAUAAAAGGAAACAGGCGAAGUUCAUGUUUAUAAUAUAUUUAACUUAGACCAAUAUAUCUAAAAGAUUAGCAUUUCAGUAUGUCAUCAAUAUAAGAAUAGUUGUGAAAUAUUUUUACAGUUCUCUUUUCUGUGUUGCCUGCAAAUUCUGGUGUGUACUUUUUCCCCUAGCAGCCUUUCUCACUUCAGACCAGGUGUAUUCUAAGUGCUCAACAGCCGUCUGGGGCUAGUGGCUCCCGAACUGGAUAGAGCAGGUCUAGAGACAUGUUGCCUUUCACAUAGGAGUUAUCCAAGGCCCCUCCUCAAUGCCCUGGUCUCCCCUCCAAGCGCCCACCCCACGUCAACUACUCCUCUGGUUUCUGCAACCACUGCUGAGCUUGGAACCCGUUCCUACAAUGCAGACCCUCAGCCUCCCAACCGGGGUCCCACAGCCCCUCUGACUCAGUUUGGCUCAUGCAGAACUCAGCAUCUGUUCCUCACCUCUGCCCUAAACCACCCCCUUCUCUGGAUUUCUCUGCCUGUCUCUGCUCAGGACACCACCACCUGCACUAUCCCCCAAGACAGAUAUGGAGGAGACACCCUCACUUCCUUCCCUGCUCUCACCCAUUUGUAGUCAGGCCCCAGUCUGUUCCUUCAAGCCCUGGUGGUGCCUUUGAAACUGUCACGUUUUCCCCACCCCCACUGCCUUUCUUAAAGCUCAGCACCCCGCAUCUCCCCACACCAGGCCUGCCGGGUCCUCUCUUUACCCUGACCUUUCUCCAAACCUUUCAACUCUGAUUGUCACUCUUUCACUUUUCGGGCCCCCCAUCCUUCCACACCUAACAUUCAAAUUUUGCCACCAUCGGUCCCUAAAUUCUCAAUCCAGUGCAAUUUAUGAUCUAUAAAGUGCAGUUGCUUGCUUCUACAGCCAACCCCGGGGCUGGCUUCUCCUGGAAGUUUUCCUGGAUCUCACCCCUUCCAUCCUCUGGCCAGAAAUGGACUCCAUCCCCUGAGGCUACCCUAGCAUAGUUUGUGUCAUAGCACAUCUGUUAUGUGUCAUUGCUUUCUAUGUCCUGCUCUCUUUAUCUUUCCCCCUCCCCCAGACUGGAGCUCAUAGGACUUGGUAUCUUAUUACUUCAUCUCUGACCCCCAAUUCCCCAAACAGAGAUUAAAUGACAGAAAAUUGA